CGAAGAUGAGAUUAUCGUGGUUGGCUACUGCUUCGUUUUUGGGUUAUGUUAUAGCUCACGGGGGCCACAAUGAGAUCAAACAAAGACCAGAGUCAUUAAGCUGGCAAAACUGGCAUAUGAUUGAAGAACACAAUUUACAUCAAUACGAUGCCGAUUCAUUUUUCAAGAUUCAUGAUUUAGCUAAUAAAGGGUAUUGGGAGUCAAAAGAUAUUUUGUACAUAUAUGGGUUAACCAGAGAGUCUAUUGUCGGGGAUGGAAGUGGGAUGGGGGAACACAGUCACAACGAAGAAGGCAUUACCCAAGAAGCUAAAAAUCAUGUGGUGAACGUUAUAUUACAAUUGAUGGAUUCAAAUAAUGAUGGGAAAGUCAGUGUUGAGGAGUGGAGAAGCUAUGUGAACUCAGGUAAAGAUUUUCCUGACUUCGGAUAUGGUCAAGGUCACCAUCUUGACUUUGAAAGUGAAUACGAAGAACACCAUUGGAAUAAGUAUCAUGCUAAUCAAGAUCCCGAUGUAUUGAUUAAGCAUAAAGAAGAUAUUGAACACGAACUCUUACAUCAUGAACAUGCCAUGGAAGAAACUCACGGUGAUUCCCCUGAUAUUAGAAAAGUAACUAACCAAUUCAUACUGGAUAUAAAAUUACAAAACCUUCCUCUUAAAUAUAGAAAAUCAAAUUAGAUAAUAUAAAAAUAUAUACA